GGUUCAGUUUUGUGCCGAAAGUGCGCCCCCUGUUGCCCUAAAAAAACCGAGCCGGAUGUGCAAUUUGAAAUACAGCUUCGGGGACCGCGUUGGAUGCCUGGUUGUUCCAGAGAUGAGUGGCGACAACGUCAAGUUGUUUGUGGGAAACCUUCCUCUAGAUGCGACCCAAGACGAGAUCAACAAGCUCUUUGCGCCCUACGGGGAGAUCAACACCUGCUCCUUGCUCAGACAGUAUGCCUUUGUUACCCUGAAGGGAGAAGGAGCUGCUGACAGGGCCAUCCGGCAUCUUGAUGGCAAGGAGUACCGAGGCAGACCCCUUGUGGUGGAGGAGUCGCGCGCACGUCCCCCCAACUCCACCAAAGUGUUUGUGGGGAAUCUGAGUGCGACAUGCUCUGCCGAUGACCUGCACGGCCUCUUCUCGACCUUUGGAAGAGUUUUAGAUUGUGACAAAGUCAAAGCCCGAUUAUGUUCAAAUGUGGGCUAUGCAUUUGUGCACAUGGAAAGGAAAGAGGAGGCCAUGGCAGCAAUCGACGCGCUCAACGGGACCAUUUUUAAGGGCCGGCAGCUGGCUGUAGAGCUCUCCAAAGCUCAACCUUUGGUCAACCAGCUUAUGACGUCUGGGAAUUCAGUCGGGGGUAGAGAGGGUCUGCUUCCUCGGCCAGCUGGCUCCAUGGAGCAUCACCAGAGUCAUGCUGCUGUGCUGGCGGCGGCUGCAGCAGCUGCAGCUGGACUUCCAAUACAAGUUCAACAAAGCGUCCAUAACUCGUUCUACAACACCACCUCCUUUGACCCUACCUAUGCCGCCCUGAAAGGCAUUACAAGUUCAAAAGGCGCCGAUGGCGUCAUAUACGGCGCUCUCGCGAGCCAAGUUUACGGAUCCGUCGCCGACCAGGUGUACCAGGACAUAGCCAAUCACACCGUUGCGCCUACUGCCGCUGAGGAGUACGAGGCUCACAGUACACCAGAUCCAACAACGCUUUUCGAGGCUGCAAGAGCUAAGUUCUUCCAGGAGGGACAAAAGGUUCUGGCCGAGCAGCAGGCAGGGAGAAAAACAACCGCAGCAACAAAUACAACAACAAACACGACGACAACCUCGGGAACAUCAGAAACGGAGCGAGACCGCAGUCCGAUCAGAGGGAACCGGAUGCCCUUGCUUCCGGACCCAUCUCCCGGUUCCUUCACUCAGAAUCGCACUAAACGCCGAGCUCUUCUGCCAACACCACCCGGGGUAGUUGAAGACCCCACAGCUGCUGAAGGGACCGAUCCUGUUGCUAGGUCCUACACAGAAUAUUACCAGCAGAUGCAUCAAUACCAACAGUACCAGCAGCAGUACCAGCAGCAGUAUCAAUACCUCCAAUAUGCCUACACCAACCCUCCUCCGCCCCCUCCUCCACCGUCCACCACAGAUUCCUCCAGCUCAGUCCCGCCGCCCCCUGGGACGUACACGGCCCCGCCAGCUUACUCAGCCACCCAAGACUACGGACCCCCGGGCACCUACGACCCCCCUGCCAGUUACAAUGCGUCAUCGCAGAGCUACUCCGGCAACUACGAUGCCUCGGCCGCCUACGAUGCAUCGGGAGGCUACGGGGCGCUGGGAGCGUAUGAUACAUCCGGAGCUUACGCGCCGGCGGGAAGCUACUCCGCAUCCACACCCUAGAGUGGGAGGGAGCCAAACUCUGAGCCCUUGCCUUGGACGUGCGCCGCUGUAGCGCGGGAUGGGGGAAAACAGCAGCGUUAGGCUCCCCCGAAAACCGCUGUGGACGAUGGGGGGUGCCCCCCCCACUAAGGUAAACACUCAGACCACACACUCCUGCCCCGGCCGCCCCGAAAAAAAAAAAACCCCAAUAUCACAGUUUGCAGAUGCUGACGCACACACGCCAUUGUCCAAAGGUCUUUUCAGGAAACUCCUGACUUGAGUUUUCACCCUUUUGGAUGUUUUGUUUUAUUUUGUUUUGUUUUUUAAACCCCCUGUCCAAAUCCACCAAAAUCAUUCUCAUACAUUCCUGCCCCCGAAGACCAUACAUGUGUGAUCUUUGAAGAUGGCGUCGAAGCAGGCACAUCCAGAGCUGAGGGGUAGGUCACGUCAUUAGAAUGGUCUCUUUUUUUUUUUUUCGCCCUUCUUACACUGGUCACUUGAGGGUCAAGUGCCUUGCUUUGACGAUAACACCGCUAGGCGCUCCUAUUCAGAGGCCGACAUGAAGCUGGCGCAGGAUCGUUUGCUGGGUCAAAGCUCAACUCAUCCCCACGUUCCCUUUUCAAUCUCCCACCGUGACAGUUUUCAAUGCCACUCUCAACCUGUAUGACAAAUUUUUCAUUUUGUUUUAAAUGACAUUUUGUCGAAUGUUAUUUUGAAAUGUUUAAAAAUCAAUAAAAAAAACAUCCAACCAACGGUCUAUCUUUACUGUCUCGAUGCUGCUUUCUUUAGUGCGCGUGGAGUCAUUUAAAAAAAAACGUGACAACUAAAGCAUUAGAUGACGUUUUAUUCCAUUACCUUCCAAAUACAUCACCUCUUGCUUCAAACCUGCCAUGUCCAUUACUUUUUAUGCAAAUGAAAAAGGAGUAAAAUUGAGUUUCAUGCCCUCACAAACAGAUGGAGAUGUCAAUUGUGACAGUCAAAGCAGUCUACACAGAUGGUUAUAUAUACUGAGGUAAUAAUUCUAAGACAUCAAUGUUCUUCAGUAGACAAAGCAGCAUGAUACUGCGCGUACAGCGUGGCAUGACAUUUCUUGCUUUCAUGCUGGUUUUGGUAGACUUCCAUUAUGCAAAAACGAACAAUUACCAACUGAGAACUUAUGAAAAGUUUCAACCUGAAAGAACUCCUUUCUAGAGCUCAAACUAGCUACAUUUGUCCUUUGACUCGUGUGAGUGCUGUGCCAAUUUUAUGAACCAUUUUUCAAGUGCCAUCAUUUUGUCUAUUCCGUGUGUGAAGAUCAAAGUUGCUGGUACUUGAUAUAAAGUGUGUUGUCCCAUCUAUCACACUGGAAAACCUCUGGUGAGAAAAUUGCCACUGUAUCUUUGUUUUUGGGGUUAUGUGGCGUCAAAUACUCGCUAUCUUUGCAUUCACUCCCCAUUUUUGAGAGAUUUCCAAGGACUAAAACUCCAAAUACUUGCACUGUGCUCCAACUAACAAACAUGUAGCUCUUGUGUCUUUCAGGAAAUGGCGGCGAAAAGGAACAAGAGCGUAACCUGACAAGGUAAUCUGUGUGUUACAAAAAUAAAGUUUAUAGAGGCCCGUUAAGAUCUGUAUACUUGCAUGACCUGCUGUCUUUGAACUGUGUGCAAAGGAUCUGUUCACUUGUCUGACCUGCUGUGAUCGACCUGUGUGCAAAGGCCCCGUACGCUCGUAUGACCUAUGCUUUAAACUGAAAGUAACAGUUGAGGCUUCUCGUGCACGUUGCCCUGGUUUGACGUAAUCAGGGCCGAGAAAGACAGGGAACAUUUUAAUAUCUGCUCAUGGGCAAACAGACAGGACGAGACUGGGCAAAAACACGUUAAGAUACACCGCACAAUGUGGACCAGACUCAAGACACGUAUUACAGUACUUUGACUUUCAUCCGCAAAACCACCACGUGCUGCUGCUGGCAUUGGUAUGAAAAAGGAGCGAGCGUUCAAACACACAAACAUUGGAAAAUAGCAAGGCUUUAAUAAAGAUUGCAAUGUCCGGCUAGCUACAAUUGGGGUGAGGAAGGGGGGGGGGGCGGGGGGGUAAAUUGACAUUCAUGGAGUUUUACAAAGACGGUAACUGAGUUUGAAGUUCUUUGUGGGUUUUUUUGUGUGUUUUUUUUUUUUUAGCACGGUUUGCAUUCCAACAUAGAAGGCGGCCUUCAAACCGUUACACACCCCCUAAUGUUGUAAAACUGUUGAUUUAUGAAUGUCGAUGAAUGGAAAGUCCCCCCCCCAAAAAAAAUCUGGUU